AUGUUCUUCGGACGUAUUUUUUCAACUGAUCCCUCCAACUCCAUCGUGAGCGCCAAUCACCCGGUCUCAAUCUUUACCUUGAUGUUGUUCGAUGAUGAGGACCUGAUUGACGCUUUCCAUCUUCUCCUGGGCGAGAUACAAUAUAGGGAACAUUACCUUAUGCUGGUCAGUGGAACGGCCGGACUCAUGAAGACAGCCCAAAACAUUAUGGAAUUGGUUUUCAGAGAUCACGGCGGCUGGGCUUUCCUCCGGCUAGGACAGGACCAGCAGUACUUCCUCCAGCAAAUGCAGCAACAGAAUCUCUUGAACCUACCGCAACAGAACUUCGCGAUCAGCCAGAAACCUCAACAGUCGAUUGAGUAUCGCCAACAGAUAGCAACACCAAUGAUGGGCCAAGCUCCCAGUCAGGACAUCAUAGAGCGCCAGCAGGGAGCCCCAAUUACCAAUCAACAGCAAGCAUCUUCGAAUCCAGACAAACACAGGUUCUUUUUUGAGAGGUUCAAUAAGGAUAAUGAGCAUAACGAGAAGAUGAAGAACAGGUAUGCCGACGAGUUGGCUCUCAAGGCGAGGUCGGAGUUAGAAGCUGAGGAGAAGAAGGCUGUCGAGAUCGAGAAAGAGAACGCUUGUAAGCUUAAAGAGGCGGAGGAAAGACUGAAGAAGACCAGAAUCGAGAACGAGAGGAAAGAAGGGAUGCUAAUGCGCACUGAUGAAGCGGUAAGCAGGGCAGAGGAGCUGAAGCGACAAGUGCGUGAGAUGACGGAAAAGGCAGAGCAGGAAAAGCGCGAUUCUGAAGGAAGGAUUGAAGAGCGGCGUCGGGAAGCAGCUGCAAAAAGGGAUCGAUAUAAGCAGCGUUUGUUCGAUGACUCUAGAAACCGACUAGAUGAGUGGGAUGGGAACAGUUAUGCCUAUGAGAACAGUCAGACCCAGCGCGGCUUUAACGAUCGGACAAUGGGACGUGGGCAUGGGGAGCGUGUAGGGAGAGAUACCAGGGGGAACAAUUGGUACGUCGAUGAAGACAAGAAGCGAGAAGAGAAUUACAGGCAGCGAAUGCUAUUGGACAACGUAAUAGCUCAUGAACCUUCUCCGGCUCCACCGGAGUACAUCGUUCCCGAAAGCGAUGACGACUCCUCCGAUAGCGACGAAGAGAAGAGGCAAGAUCCAUACAAGCUUAUCGGUCUACCUGACAGGGAGCGAACACCAUUGAAAGACAUCGAAAUUAACCAACGCAUAUUGAACGGAAUCCACCAGAAAUCAAUUGAGGCUGCAGUGUCAGAAGUUGCGAGGAGGCAUGCUGAGAAACAUUUGAUCGAGAUCAAGUGGGCAGCAGACAUUCUUUUGGAUGAGAUGAACAAGAGGGCUUUUGAUGAGGAUAGUGCCAUAUACCCCCACGAACAGCAAAUUUGGAAGAAGAAGAGCAAGUGA